CUCACGGGCUUUUUUGAGAGAAGAACAAGCUAUAAAUCAUGGUUGAAUAUAACUGCAGGCCAAUGUUGAACCACACAGACAAAGUGCUCAGUUACUUUGAACGUGUGGCCUACACACCUGUCUUCAUAGUGGGCCUUUUCUUCAACGUCACGGCUCUGUGUAUCUUCUGCCGCCUCAAGCGCUGGACAGACACGCACAUCUACAUGUUCAAUCUACUGGUGGCCGAUUUCCUAGCCAUUAUUUUCCUACCUUUCAGGAUACUGGAAGCCUUUUGCCCCAUUAAGCCCAGCGAACUGUGUACAUUCUUACUGUGCACCCAAUACUCCAACAUGUACAGCAGCAUCUUCACCAUUACAGCCAUCAGCAUUCACCGAUUUAUAGCCGUCAGGUUUCCAUUUCUGACCAAAGCACUGGCCUCCAAAAGUAAGAUGAUCGCCACUUCAACGUGCAUCUUCAUCUGGACGAUCAUAGUGGUCAUCUGUGCUUGUAACUAUGAAGACCUUAACCCAGACAAAUUACAGAACUGCUAUGACCGGAAACUGACAAAAAAGCUCAAACAACACUUUUUCUUGCUUUUACAGAUUUUAGGUUAUCUUAUUCCAGUGCUCAUCGUCAUACUUUGCUCCACACAAGCCAUCUAUAUCCUGAUCAGAUCCCUUAAGCAUGUCCAAGGCAGGGAAAAAGUGGAAAGGAAAAACAUUGCAGCUAUCAUCAACGCGAACAUGUUCACAUUCAUAGUUUGCUUUACACCCGUUCAUAUUGGUCUUUUGUUGCAAUAUGUAGUAUCAGAUGAUUCAGGUAAAGACUUUGUGCACGUGUUUCUUGAUGUGGCCGAGUGGAUAGCUACUACCAACUGCUGUCUGGAUUCGAUUGGCUAUUACUUUCUGCUGAAAAGAGUUAAUAAAAGGGACAAUCGUUCAUACUGA